AUGCGCUGCGGGUGGAUGCUGCAAGCCACGCGAUCAAGCUCACAAGCCGGCUCGCUUAUCAGUCAGUCAGCCGGUAUAAUUAUUUUUAAUAAAAUUGGUGAACAUCGAGAAAUAGGAGAGACGAAAGUAAUAAGGACAAGCAUGCGCAGUCACAAACAAGAUCGGGAUAUUGAAAAAAAACUAUGCAGCCUUCAGCCAUGUGGUCAUGUGACCAAGUUUCCAAAAAAGAGCCCCCCCUCCCAUUACAUAUUCGCUAUUAACGUGUUGCGUUAUGCAACAGCAACUUUUUGUAUAUUAUUGGGUGCAAUACGAGAGUGUUUUAUUUGUGAUUAUGUUGUGAUGUUUAUUUGUGAUGUGAUGGUGUUGCAAUACGAGCUAUUUUUUGGAAAACCAUUUUAUGUGCUUUUGUUCAGCAGUAUUUUUUCUGCUGCUGCUACUGCUGCUGCUGGACAUUGGUGGUUGGAUUUCGUCGUUUUCGCAAAUGCGGACUUUUCAGGAAAUUGCGAGCGUUACAAAACAACUAAAGUGCUCAUCAAAUUGACUUAUCGUAAGAAUGCCGUGGAGGGCCUCUCCCAAGAGAGAGCGAGGCUGACGGAGCUGGAAAAACGGAUGGGGCAGCUGGAGACGGCGGUGGACCGGGCGGUGGGCGCCCUCCUGCCCAAAGUGGACGCUCUGCUCGCGGCCCAAGGCCACCUGCCGGCGGGCGCCGACUCCGGGAGAGGUCCAACCGGAAGCACGUCCGGAAUUGCCAAAUAUAAAGGCGCCACGGCGCUGGCGCUCGCGGCGCGCGGCGGCCACGCGGCGGUGGCGGCGCUGCUGCUGGAGCGCGGCGCGCGGCCCGACGCGACAGACGACGGGGCGUCGCGCCGCCUUCCUCCGCGCCGCCCACGGCCAACCGCAGAGUGCUGCGGCCUGCUGCAUCAAAGGCCGGCGUGCACGCCGACGCGCGCGGCCCGCAGGGCGACACGCUGCUGGUGCAGCGGCGCGCAGCGGCAGGUGGCACGUGGUGACCAUGCUGCUCGAGGAAGGCGCCUCCGCCACCAGUGC